AUGGCGGUGGAGCUGCAGUUCUGGAAACAGGCAGUGGCGUUACCGCCCAGGCCGUGGCCUUCAGAUCUGGCUGCUGCAGCUAGAUCUGAAGAAUCUGAAGAGGAGCAGGCCCAAAAAGAAGACAAGCCAUGGACGGGAGGCCAUCGACUAUGUCUGGACAUGCUGCAGCUUCACAUGCUGCAGUCAACCAAUGUUGCAUUGAGGACAGGCACGGCAAGAAGUUUGUCAUGCUCAUUCUUGACCAUUGUGGGCAGGAACCUCAGGAGCAACUUUGUUCCUACUGCACGCCCGCUCCAGAGGUGCGACCGCGACAACCGCGACGGCGACAACGUGAUCCCGGAUGCGAAUGAGGCGUCGUGGAAGCAGUACCUCCACUUUGCAAUCAAUGACGACGAAGCCAAGGUGUGGCUUAGAAUGGCUUAG